AACACCAGUGUCCUUAAAACAGGAGAGGUGGCGAGUGUGGGCCCCGCCCCCUAGGCCUGGUGGGGUGGGCCUACAGGAGGGAGCGGCCUUCCUCAACCCCCACGGUGCAGCAGCAGCAGCAGUGGUGUCCCGGUGCCUCGUGAGGCCUCUUAGGCUGUUGCGAUGGCUCUUCAGCUACGUCAACCAGGAGAAGCUCUUCUCCAAGCCUACUUAUGCCAGUUUCAUUAAGCUGCUGGAUAAUUACCAUAAAAGUGUAGGGACAGGGGAAGAAUUCACUGCUGAGCAACUGAAGGAGCAGGAUAACUUCCUGAGUGAGGUCAUGAAGACUGAGGUGAUGAAAGUGCUUUACAAAUUCCUGCACAGCAAACAUCGUUAUGGCACAGAGGCAGAGUUUGUUGCUGACCUAAAGGAGAUAUGGUUUGGCCUUUAUUCCAGGGGCAAAGAUGAGCAUGACUCCAGUGGCUUUGAACAUGUGUUUAUAGGGGAAGUCAAGAAAGGAAAAGUAUCUGGAUUCCACAACUGGAUUCGUUUUUAUCUGCUGGAGAAGCAGGGUAUAAUUAACUAUUUCAGCUACAACUAUGAUGGUCCGUGGACCUCAUACCCAGAUGUGUUGGGGCUGCAGUUCAAUUGGGAUGGAUUUUACAAGGAGGUUGGAACAGCCUUUAUUGGAAGCAGCCCUGAAUUAGAAUUUGGACUCUAUUCACUGUGUUUCAUUGCUAGGCCUGGAAAAGUGUGUCAACUGAAAAUUGGGGGCCAUGACCUGGGGAUUCAGACUUAUACCUGGGAUAAAUCCACCUAUGGGAAUGGGAAAAAGUACAUAGCCACAGCUUAUGUGGUUUCCCCAUGAUGCUACAAGAUCCUGAGUAUGAAAACAUCCUGAAUGGCCAGAUGCAGCCUGCAUGAUGCAACCACAUUUGUAUGGGAGCUGCUCUACAUAGCCUUUCAUCUUUCGAUUGAACAUUUUUGUCUGUUUGUUUGCCUAAGUCAUAUGGAGUGUGCAACAGGUCUUGUGACUGGAACUCAUCUGUGACAGUGAGCACCAUUCAUGCUCCAAGUAAUACUCUGCCAGAAGUGACUCCACAUUUUGCCUAAAGCACAGUCCAAGGUGGAUUCACAAAAAACACCUGGAUAAUGUAAAUGGAAAGUGAAACAAUCAUCAUCAACAACAACUGGGGAAAAACAAACUUUUCUAUCCCACCAACGUAAGAACAUAAGAGGAGCCUUACUGGAGGUCCAUCUCGUCCAGCUUCCUGUUCUCACAGUUGCCAACCAGGUGGCCAUGGAAAGCCCACAAGGAGGACAUGCACUGGGGCACCCUCCACAUUUUUGAUCCCCAGCAACUGGUAUUUAAAGGCAUGUCACUUGAGACACUGAAGGCAGUAAACCACCACCAUCUCUAGGAACCACUGGUAGUCGUAUCCUUCUAUCUAAGGCAAAAUUUGGUAUAAAAUGGAGGUUCCUACCCCCAAGAAAUUUCACAGGGAGCCAAACUAGAGCCAAGAAUGCUAGCAACAUUUCUCAGCAAGGGUGGGUCCAGGGUUGAUGGUGUCCUCCAGGCAAAUAGUACUCUAGUGAGCCCCCUGAUCUGUCACUGGGUCCUCGAAGGCUGAUCUAGCUCUUGUGGCAACACUCUAAGCAACACUGAGCAGCUUAGAGUGGUUAAGUAUCCUCCUUUAAAGACAAUAUUUGAAAGGUUGACGGAAGACAUUCCACUAUUUGAAGGAGGUUGUCUGGUCCAAUAACCCUAAAAAGGGUGACCUUGAAGGUGACGAUCAAUAGUUACUACCUGGAGAGCGAACCAAACAGGCAGACCCACAGGUCCCCUGGCCUUUCCUAUUAUGGUGUGAUGUAUUGUAUUUUUGUUAGUAGUUCUUUCCAAAAUUGCAACUUU